CCGCUGAAGAACGCCCACCAGAAGCUUCUCGGCAGGUGGCUUCGAAAGGGAAAUAUCUCCUUCUCCCGGGCUGACUUUGUCCGCGGCUUUCAGGCAAUCUUCGAGGAAGGGUUCACGGCACACAACAUCAUCUCAGGCUUCGAGAAGUCAGGCAUCUAUCCACCAAAUCCCGAGCCGGCGAUAGCAUACCUAGCCAAGAAGCAGCUUCAGGCGAAGCAGGCUGUGGACCCGGCCUUCGCCUCCCUCCUUCCUCAGGAAUCUCGCUUCCAGGCCGCCGCAGAUACCGCCAAACGACUCUCAGACCGCUACGGCGAUACCUUCAGCUCCCCCACGCGUGCCGGACUUCGUCAGAUACGUAAUGUCGUCACGGAAGCUGUGGUUCUUGAAUCUACAGUCACUGCUUAUGUCGAUGACCGCCGGGCUCGGAUUGAGAAGAGAUAUAACGCUAAGAAGAGAGGGAAGAGAGCGAAGCCGAUAGGAGACUCUAGUCAUAACGUCAGUCUACAGGAGAUUCGAGACCAGCAGGAGGAGGUUAUCGCCGAAGCCCGGCAGAAGGAGGAGAAGGCACAGCUCCGGACCGCUCGCAGCUUCGUCAUACAGGAGAUGAAGAAGAUCAAGGACCAAUGGCGGCAAGAGAAAGAGAUCACCGUCGACGGCGUAAAGAAGAAGGCAUCGUGGGCUCAGUGGUUGGAGCACACAGGGAAGGACAUUGAGUAUUAUUCUAUGGAGACACAACGCUCGACUAUGCAUCAGAUGCUUACCCAGAAGCCUAACCCUUUCAUGAUAGAUACCCAACUGCCGCAGGAAGUUCACGAAGCUAUUCACAACGCCAGUUUUGCCCCGAAACCCCUCAGCGCGAUGGACUGGACCGCUCUCGCAGGAAGUGACGAUAGCAUCACUUUCCAGCUGGACCCGGCUCCUGCCGAGGAAGAAGAAGAGGAAGAGGAAGAAGAAGAUGACGAGGAACUCCCUCUAUUCGAGCCUCCACUGCGAAUGCCCUCAUCGCCGCCGGUUACACCCUCGCCGCCGCGGCUGCCGUCUUUGCCACCUGAACUUCCCUCCACGCCGUGCCCGAUACGGCCUCAACACCACAUAUCAGGGAUACAGAGGAUCACGAGCAUCAUCACGCAAGCAAGGGCCGCACAAGAAGCCAGCCCGGAGGGCUGAAAAGACGCUCUCACAGCCAAAUUUGUAUGAGGAAUCGUCCAGGAAGGCGGCGGCCUUGGAGGCUUAGGCGGCGGCUUCUAUCAUAGCUACAGUCAAUAUCAUCAAUAUCAUCACAUCAGGCAUCGCCAAUAGCUUCAA